UAGGUGCCUACCGCAUGCCGGGCAUUCUCGCCGCGCUCCUUCUUUAAGUUAGCGAACUGGCCAUCUAGUCGUGGUGGGAAAGGAAAAGUCGGAAGAGAAGAAGUCAAGGAAGAAUUCUGGGGGAUGGGGUUGCGUGACUAGACUACUUUUGUCUCCCAUGGGGUACAGCUGAGGUUUCCCUUAGCGUCAUUGUCGGUGCGCUCGCAGAGCAUCGUGGGUAGGAGGGAGAUUCGGUCUCCCAGCUCGGAAAGAUGGCGGACGCUUUCGGGGAUGAGCUCUUCAGCGUGUUUGAGGACGACUCGGCCACCGCACCCGGAACUAAAAACGACAGAGAGAAGGAGAAGGGGAAAUGGAAGGGGCCGCCAGGGUCUGCAGAAAAGGGCGGGAAACGUUUUGAUGGUAAAUUACAAUCGGAGUCAACUAAUACUGCAAAAACCAAGAGAGAUGCAGAUUUCGAGGGCACAGAUGAACCCAUAUUUGGAAAGAAGCCUAGGGUAGAAGAAUCAAUAAAUGAAGAUUUAAGUUUGGCUGACUUGAUGCCCAGAGUCAAGGUACAAUCAGUUGAAACUGUUGAAGGAUGUACACAUGAGGUUGCACUUCCUGCAGAUGAAGAUUAUUUACCACUUAAACCUCGAGUUGGAAAAGCUGCAAAGGAAUACCCGUUCAUUCUUGAUGCUUUUCAAAGAGAAGCCAUUCAGUGUGUUGAUAAUAAUCAGUCUGUUUUAGUAUCUGCACAUACAUCAGCAGGAAAAACUGUAUGCGCUGAGUAUGCCAUUGCAUUGGCCUUAAGGGAAAAACAGCGUGUAAUAUUCACUAGCCCAAUUAAGGCUCUGAGUAACCAGAAAUACCGAGAAAUGUAUGAAGAGUUUCAAGAUGUUGGUUUGAUGACCGGAGAUGUUACUAUUAAUCCUACAGCAUCUUGUCUUGUUAUGACCACAGAGAUUUUGAGAAGUAUGCUGUACAGAGGUUCUGAAGUUAUGCGAGAAGUUGCUUGGGUCAUAUUUGAUGAAAUUCAUUACAUGAGAGAUUCAGAGCGUGGUGUUGUAUGGGAAGAAACUAUUAUUUUGCUUCCUGACAAUGUCCACUAUGUCUUUCUUUCGGCUACUAUUCCAAAUGCCCGACAGUUUGCUGAAUGGAUUUGCCAUUUACAUAAACAGCCUUGUCAUGUAAUUUACACAGAUUAUCGGCCUACACCAUUGCAGCACUACAUUUUUCCAGCAGGGGGAGAUGGCCUGCACCUUGUGGUUGAUGAAAAUGGUGACUUCAGAGAAGAUAAUUUUAAUACUGCAAUGCAAGUACUUCGAGAUGCUGGUGAUUUGGCAAAAGGAGAUCAGAAGGGGCGAAAAGGAGGAACAAAAGGACCAUCAAAUGUGUUCAAGAUUGUGAAGAUGAUUAUGGAAAGAAAUUUUCAACCUGUAAUUAUUUUCAGCUUUAGUAAGAAAGAUUGUGAAGCCUAUGCACUUCAGAUGACCAAAUUAGAUUUUAACACAGAUGAAGAAAAGAAGAUGGUUGAAGAAGUAUUCAGUAAUGCCAUUGACUGCUUGUCUGAUGAAGAUAAAAAACUCCCUCAGGUCGAACAUGUACUUCCUCUUCUGAAGCGGGGAAUUGGUAUUCACCAUGGUGGCUUACUUCCUAUUUUGAAAGAAACUAUAGAAAUUCUCUUUUCCGAAGGAUUGAUAAAGGCCUUAUUUGCCACAGAGACUUUUGCCAUGGGAAUUAAUAUGCCAGCUAGAACUGUUUUAUUUACAAAUGCCCGAAAAUUUGAUGGGAAAGAUUUCCGAUGGAUUUCCUCUGGUGAAUACAUUCAGAUGUCUGGUCGAGCUGGAAGGAGGGGAAUGGAUGAUAGAGGAAUUGUGAUUCUUAUGGUGGAUGAAAAGAUGAGCCCAACGAUUGGAAAACAGCUACUUAAGGGCUCAGCUGAUCCUCUAAAUAGUGCUUUCCAUUUGACCUACAACAUGGUUUUGAACUUGCUACGUGUAGAAGAAAUUAAUCCUGAGUACAUGUUGGAAAAAUCCUUUUACCAGUUUCAACAUUAUAGAGCAAUUCCAGGAGUAGUAGAGAAGGUAAAGAACUCAGAAGAACAGUAUAAUAAAAUAGUAAUACCAAAUGAGGAAAGUGUUGUCAUCUAUUAUAAGAUUAGACAGCAGCUUGCCAAACUGGGUAAAGAAAUUGAAGAAUAUAUUCACAAACCAAAAUACUGCUUACCAUUUCUACAGCCAGGUCGUUUGGUAAAGGUAAAGAAUGAAGGAGAUGAUUUUGGCUGGGGAGUAGUGGUAAAUUUCUCCAAAAAGUCAAAUGUCAAGCCUAAUUCUGGUGAACUGGAUCCUUUAUAUGUAGUAGAAGUACUUCUGCGCUGUAGCAAAGAAAGUUUGAAAAAUUCAGCUACUGAGGCUGCAAAACCAGCUAAGCCUGAUGAGAAAGGAGAGAUGCAGGUUGUUCCAGUUUUGGUGCACCUCCUGUCUGCUAUCAGCAGUGUUAGGCUUUAUAUUCCUAAAGACCUUCGGCCAGUGGAUAAUAGACAGAGUGUUUUAAAGUCAAUACAGGAAGUUCAGAAACGUUUUCCUGAUGGUGUUCCCUUAUUAGAUCCUAUUGAUGAUAUGGGCAUUCAAGAUCAAGGGCUGAAAAAAGUCAUCCAGAAAGUAGAGGCUUUUGAACAUAGAAUGUAUUCUCAUCCACUUCACAAUGAUCCAAAUUUGGAAACAGUGUAUACUCUUUGUGAAAAAAAAGCACAGAUUGCAAUAGAUAUUAAAUCUGCAAAGCGAGAACUAAAGAAAGCAAGAACUGUCCUACAAAUGGAUGAGCUCAAAUGCCGCAAACGUGUUUUAAGGAGGUUGGGAUUUGCUACUUCUUCUGAUGUCAUAGAGAUGAAAGGACGAGUGGCUUGUGAGAUAAGCAGUGCUGAUGAACUCCUUCUAACUGAGAUGAUGUUUAAUGGCCUUUUCAAUGACCUGUCUGCAGAACAGGCAACGGCACUACUAAGCUGCUUCGUGUUUCAAGAGAAUUCAAGUGAGAUGCCCAAAUUAACUGAGCAGUUAGCAGGACCACUUCGUCAAAUGCAGGAAUGUGCUAAAAGAAUUGCAAAAGUUUCAGCAGAAGCCAAAUUGGAAAUUGAUGAGGAAACUUAUCUAAGCUCAUUCAAACCUCACUUAAUGGAUGUAGUGUAUACCUGGGCAACGGGAGCAACAUUUGCUCAUAUCUGCAAGAUGACAGAUGUCUUUGAAGAAUCUUCAGGCUCCACGUUGAAUGUGGAGCCUGAUGUGGGCUUGAUCUCAUGAACACAAGAUCAUGACCUGAGCCGAAAUCAACAGUCAGAUGCUUCACAGACUGAGCCACCCAGGCACACCCCAACAAGAAUAAUGUUUUUAAUUUUCGGUAAUAAAAUGGAAUAAUGCCAUCACAGAUAAACAGAUGAUCCUACUAAGUCAUAUUUGUGUGGUGUUUUUUGUUUUUUUUUUUUCCUCUUUGGUUUUAUUUGCUUGGCAGUAACCUCAAGGCUUGCUGUAUUGAUUCCACUUAAAAGAGCUGAAAAUGCUGUCCAUCACUGCAUUUCUAAUAACAAACUUGGCCUCAGUCAGAUGUUACUUCAGCAUGAAUCAGAUUAAUAUGCAGAAUUUUUAAAGACUGUAAGAUAAUUGUUACUCAACUGAACAGACAUUUUAAAUGAAAAAAUGGCAGAGGGAAUAUGAAAGAAAUAAGAAUUACAAGAAGCAAAAAAACCCCACAGUAUUUAAAGAAGACCGUUUUAGAAAUGUUUUAUUCAUUUCAAAAAUAUUGGCUUAUGUAGAUAUUUAUAAUGGUGAAUGGUAUUUAUCAAAUUAGAGAUUUACGUUAAACUCUUUAAAAAUGAAAGUAAAUGAGCUUGCAGUUUGUAGAGAUUAUUAUAAUAAUAUUUUAAAUGCUGUUGUUACUAUUUUUAAGAGAAAUUAUAUUUUGGGACAUCCAAUAUUAUAUGCUUUUAAACUAACAUUAUUAAAGACUAUUAAUCGAUGAAUCAUUGAUUUUUAUGAUGCAAAGGUCAAACAUCUCUGCAACAGAAUAUUAGAGCCUUUACUAUACUACAUUGAACUUCAUUGGUUUUAAGUUUUAAUGUUGACGUUUAUAGCAUUUUUUUAUUAUGGUGUCCUGUUACAUGGUGUAUAUGGUGUCACAAAGUUUAUUUCUAAGCCUCCAUUAAAUGAUCAUUUAGUGAUAUGGUUCUAGAAUCUUGCUCUAUUAUGUGACUACUGUGUGCCAGGCAUUGUGCUAGUAAACACUUUAUAUAAUUUACAUCUAAUCACCAAAGUGAUUAACUCAGGGUAGAUAUUAUUUCUUCUCUGUUCAAGAAAGCUGAGUUUUUAAAAAGUAAUUUUCCCAACGUCAUGGAGGUGUGGUAUAUGAUGGCACUAGGAUUUGAACCUCGGCCUCUGUGAUUACAAAUCACAUGAUAGUUUAUAACUGCAUCUAAGCACCCUAAUGUCUUAUCCUUGAAUUUCGGAUCUAGAGACUUCUUAAAUCCUAACCUAGAUUGCACCAUCUCCAUCCACUGACACUUCAUGCUUGUAGGAAUGGUAAGAGGGUAUUUAUAACAGUUUCAUGGUGAGUAGCCAUAGCUUAGGAUGUGAGAAGAGGAAAGCGUGACACACUUAACUUGUGAACACUGCAUAACACACAGGAAACUUGGUAUGUGUGUGACCACUUGCGCAGUGUAAAGCACUUGCGUAGUGUAAAGCUGCCAUACGGCACCACCACUCUUUGUCUGGCAUCUUUUUGGAACAUAAGACUGAAAUUAAUGACUGUUCUAUGCGUAGGUAAUUCCAAGCUAUUAUGCUCAUAUUUAUAGAACAUCUGCUUCUCUGAGAAGUCAGACACAAUGACAUAAUAGUGGUUCAUAGCAGAUAGUUUGUUUUGUUUGAAGAAAAAUCAAGGGGCAGGAGAUCUGCAAAUCUGGAGAGCCCUAUAAAAUUGUCUUUGUGCAUUAUUUUUCUGUUCUUUGUACUUAAAUGGAAGAAUUAUCACAGUAUCGGAGAUAGAUCUGAAACUGCUAAAAUUGAAGACAGUUUGGUGUCUUAGAGCAUACCAGCAUUCCUGAAAUCUAUUUUGCCCCUUUCCAAUUCCUUGGGGCUAUUUGUACAUCACAAUUUGUGUGAGAAAUCUAAGUUUGAAAAUCUGAGGAAUUCAGUUUAUAACUAUAACUUGAAGUUGGGUCUGACAUCAGUGUAAUCUUCAUGUUUUUCUAGUCUGGUUGCCAUUAUAUCAGCUAUACUUUUUCUUUGUAAAAUUGGGAUAGACUGUAUAUUAACUCUUAAAAAUAAAACGUAAGUAAACAGCAGAAAAAUAACUGAGAACCUUGAUUUACUUAGGAUAGUCCAUCCUUUUUCCAGCAUACUGUGUGUCCCCCCCACUCCCGCCCUUUACUUACCCUGCUGUUAUUUAGUUCUUCCAUUUCAGAAUAGCUAUUCUCUCAACUUGUUAUAGUACAUGUUUUAUAUGAUUGGGAAAAUACUGUAACCAGAGUUCUAGCCCAUAGUAUAUUGUGUCUUGUAUGGGCACAAAAUGAUUGCAUUGGAAAUUUAAAAUGCACUUUGUGGAAAACAUAUUUGUUACUAGUUUGAUUCUUAAUUAUCUUUUUUUUUUUUUAAUGUUUAUUUUUGAGAGACAGAGUAUGAGUAGGGGAGGGGCAGAGAGAGAGAGGGAGACACAGAAUCCAAAGCAGGCUCCAGACUCUGAGCUGUCAGCACAGAGCCUGAAGCAGGGCUCGAACCAACGAACCAUGAGAUCAUGACCUGAGCUCAACCGACUAAAGCCACCCAGGCGCCCCUUAAUUUUUUUUUUAUAUGAAAAUAAAAGUGAUCCUUUCAUGUCAUUUCAGAGGUAGUUUUAACUAUUUUUCAGACAUUAACUGGCACAAGUUAACAUUUUAAUGAUAAACACCACGUGUUUGAAGGGAUGCCUAAUGCAAGAGAGGAGCUUAUACUGUGAUUCAAUUGAGGAAGUUUGAAGACUUCAUACAAAUAUUUACUUCCUUUGUAUCACCCUGAAAACAAAACGGUAUAAUGUGGUUUUUUUUUCUUAUUUCUAUCAAACUAAA